AUGUCCCCAUCGGAACUACGUCCGGUAGUUUUCUGUUUGGGCCCAUAUUUCUCUUUGGACUCAGAUUUGACAGUGACCUCUUCGCCUUCGCUCUCAGAGUUGAAUAAAGACAUGAUUAAAGAGCUCGUCAAAAGGCACGACAAAAAUUGUGUAUACAUAGAAAGUCUGGUUUGA